AUGCCUCAAAGAUAUUCGGAAGAAUCGUUGUCAGAUGAAUUAGCAUCUUUUAUACAGCAAAACCCUAACCCCCAUAGUAGGAAAUCUCGGAUUUUGAGGUGGAUAAAGUUUUCGAUCAACAUUCUGUUCUUGAUCUUGCUGAUCGCUAUAUUGGGACUGCUUGUUCAGGUUGAGCUGAAAAUCGAUUUUGGGGGAGACGUCAAUCAUCUCUUUCCAAGAUUGUCAGAAGAGCGUCUUAGGUUUGAACCACAGUUGGACGUUUUCACUUUGAACUACAGCUCUAGUACAGAAGCACAAAUUGUGAGACAACGAUGGCAAAACUUGUUACCUAAGGGUGGUGGUAAUGUUCAUGUGCCCGAGCAUACUCGUUAUAAAGAUUUAAGCGAGCCCUUCCUUGAUCCUAAUGGCACGCCGUUAUGGAAAGUCUCCUGGACACACCAACUACACUGUCUAUACUACAUCAUGGAUGCCUACGAUCAGGUUAUAAGAUAUGGCCCGAAAGGGACUGAAAACCAAGUUCAAGAGGGUCAUAGUUCAGUUCAUACGAACCACUGCUUCGACUAUCUUCGGCAAGCAAUCCUCUGCAAUAGCGAUAUGACAUUGGAAGGCGGCACAAGGCCUGGAGAUCACAAAGGAACCAACGGAUUUGGACAUCUUCAUUCUUGCAGGAACAAUAAAGAAGCCGUGCAGUGGAUUGAAAACAACAGGGUAUCGGACAAGCGUUUCAUCAUCGAUAUCCAUGCACCUGUUUGA